CAGACUUGUCUCUGAGAUUGUGGGCAUGUAUGAUGGGUGCUCCAGAAUGUCCCUGCUACUCUCAAAGGCGAGAGUAUCGCACAGAGUGGCUGGUGUGAAUCGCUAUGCCUCCAGCUUGAAGCUUGUGAGGACCUGCGGGAUCGCCUCGCGCGCCUCCCCGAGCUCAUGUCGCAGCAAAGCCGCCCAUGAGCAUUUUGUCGCUCAACGGCGGCACUUCAAUGCAGGAUCUAAGUAUCUCGCGACCCAAGACGAUGACCUACUGAAAUCGAGCACUGAAGUUGAGAGACUUCGAUUGCGGCUGGAGCUUGAGCAACAAGGGAAUAUUCGGGAUUACCUGAAGAAAUGGCAAGAGGGCCACGAUAAUUCAGCGGACCCUGUCCGAGGGCCCGGAACCUCGAACGCCUUGAAGCCAUCAGAUCUUUGGGUGGGAAACAUGCUGAACGACAACCGGGAAACCCAAGAUGCGGGAUCUGAUGCAUUACGGGCAUCAGACGAGUCUGCGGAGUUUCUUAAUACGGCCGAUGAAGGCGAAGGCCUGAAUCAGUACCUGGAACCAGGUGACCUGGUGGCCCUGUCAGCGAACGAUGGGCUUCUAACAUACGCAAUCUACGUUCGCUCCGUCGCCAAGCAACGGCAGUUCUACACGGAUAAAGGCAAAUGGCGCAUCGCUUACCCAAAGGACCUCGAAUACAUCGUGAAGGGAUUCGUGCCUCCAGAAAAGGUGGAGCCCCUAUUACCUUACUUUCCGGAUGGCCUUGCUCAGAUGAGUCUCGAAUUUCAAUCUGCGAUCGAAGGCGGCGUCCCGAGACAUGUCGGGGCUGAUCUGCUCCGGGAAGUAACCGAGUUCGACGCGAGAGUCGAGGAACUCUACCGCUUGAAUGCGCUACGACUGGACAACAUUCACGACAUAGUGGCAGAUGAUGAACUGAAUCUGGAAUUUACUCUGGAGGAGCUGGCUUGCAAGGCACUGGGGAUCGAGGAGGACCAGUUGGAUGAAGCGAUUCUCUUCCUUAUCCAUCGGAUCGCCCACGAGAAUUCUUUCCUCAUUGACUACGAUCGGAGCUCUUUAUUCGCCAACCACUACCUAGUCAGAUCCCGCCAUAUCGCAGGGGUGAUUGAGACCGUGGCGAAUUGGGUGCACGAACAUCAAGAAUUUAUUCUCAGUUCAGUCCGUGGCAAGGAGCCUGUUUCUUUCCGGUAUCAUCCAUUACAGCAGUUCAUCGCAAAAGCCCAGCGCCUUAUAAAGCAGAGCCGAACUGUACGAUCACCAACAACCAAGGCAUCCGUCGGCCCAAGCGCUCAACGGAACGACGACAAGAAAAAGACUGGUCGUGCGGUCUACCGUGAGAUACUCACCGAGGAAUUCACUGAUACGGAUCGUAUCAUCAUAGAGUACUUGCAGCAAUGGUGUAUACCUCCCCGACGGAUGACGAGGGGCCACAUGCGGUCUGCAGGUUCGCACAUCAUGCGCAGCACUGGCAUGUACAGCGCCGUGGAUCUGGAUCCUUUGACAGCAACACUUUUCUUGCAAGAGUUAGGAAUCUUUCAUCCAUGGGAAAACUUACGUCUUCUAGACCAUCACCUUGCUCUGCCCGGACACGGAAUCUCUCCCGAAUCCGAUGCGUUAUGGGACAAAGCAGUCAAGGAAGGCAAGGAGCUCGAGGAUAAGGUUAAACUCGAGGACCGCAUGAAGGGCAUGCGUGUUGACUGGGGAGAUAUGCCAGUUUACUGUGUCGACGAUGUCGGUGCAAAGGAGAUUGACGACGGUGUCUCACUCGAGCGCAUACCAGGGUCAGACCUCUACUGGAUUCACGUGCACAUCGCCAAUCCCACGGCAUUUAUUGACCGCGACACAAGCAUCAUGAAAUGGGCGGCCUCGCGCGUCCAAACCCUCUAUGUCCCAGAGCGUACCUAUCCCAUGCUUCCUGAUUCAUUGACGCAAAAACACUUCAGCUUAGGCCCACGCCGGCCCACGCUCACCUUCAGCGCGAAGAUGAACCUUCAGGGUGAAGUUCUCGACAUUAACGUCGCGAACGGUAAGAUCCGGAACGUGAUCUACAUCACUCAUGACCGGCUCCGCCGCAUCUUCCAGCCCACCACUGGAGCCAAGGACAACACUAAGACGCUCACCGUAGGAGCGUUUCCCCAGCCACCUCCUACUCGCGAGGGCCUUCAGGAGACGCUUACUUCCGAAGACGAGGAAACCUUCCACACACUCCGCCGACUGAUGCUCGCUUUCCGUGAACAUCGUCGCAAAAACGGAGCCAUGGAAUGGCCACAUAUGCCGGACGUCUCCGUCUCGAUGUCCGUCGGUUCCGCCCCUCUACCGCCCCAAAAGCUUGAGGUCACUGAAGGCCGAUACGUUAUGGGUGAUCCCAUGAUUCGACUCCGCCAACACGACAACAACCCGCACGAGGUUCCCGACCUGACCAAAGAGAACCUUAUCUCCUUCCUCAUGAACCUGGGCUGCUGGGUUUCCGCCUCAUGGCUCUCCUCACGCAACAUCCCUGCCAUCUAUGACGGCACGCAAUAUCACCCCGAAUACAGCAAGGUCACGAGCGAGAAUAUGUCCCAGUAUGCCGGUCAACAAUGGCUUAACAUGGCGCCGCCUACUGGCGUUUCAGCCUCCCACCCCCUUCACCACACCCCGCUCGGCCUCGACGUCUACACCAAAUCCACCAGUCCUCUCCGGCGAUACAACGAUGUUCUGGCACAUUACCAGAUUGAGGCUGCGCUCCAGUUCGAGAAAGAACACAACCGUCGUCUCGACGCGUCCUUGGAGCUCGACGCGGCCUCUCUCCCAUUCUCGCGGGAAGACGUCGAUCGCUACCUUUCACAGUCCCGCUGGAAGCGUUACCAGCUGCGCGAGUGUGAGCGCUCCUCCAAGCAGUUCUGGGCGUGCAUGCUGCUGUUCCGCGCGUUCUACUUCUCGGAGUGCAAACUGCCGGCAACUUUCGAGUGCAUGCUUCAGAAGCUUUACAACAACACGAGUAUGGCGGGCACGAUGUACGGAAAGGGCUGGGCCGCGGUGAUCCCGUCGUUGGGCGUGCGUUGUCAGGUUCUUGUGCCCCCGGAGAUGAAGGAUGCGGAUAAGCUGGACAUUCUGAGUCUGGUGAAUGCCAAGAUCACGGCAGUUGAUAUGGGGCGACAGAUGGUCGUGAUGGAGGCGACGAGGUUCGUGAGGCCGUUUGAGCGGGUGGGCGAGUGG